ACUACUAAUAUCCUGCACUGCAAUAAAAAUUCAAAAAAGAAGAAUCCCCAGGCCAGGCCAGGCCAGGCCAGGCCAUAAUUGAUAAAUCCACUUUGUUUUUCAGUGAAAAAUAACAUUCGAUGGCGUAAUCCAAUCCCAGGCAUUGAAGCAAUCGCCAUCUGAAUUUCCUACGCUGUUGCCAAUGCUGCUGUGCUACCAGACAAAAUUUUACCCCCAAAUUUACUCCAAUAAACACACAUUAAUAUGGCAGCCACCACCACUCACCUCAACUCCCACUCCCAAAUCCUCAAGUUCAAACGCCGCCGCUGCCGCUGCCGCGAGACCACCACCGACCCUCACAUUGCCACCUCCCCCGACCCCAAUCCGCCUCAGAUCCGCCCCGCGAUGGGACCCUACGGCGCCGGCGACGGCUUCCCCUCAUCCCUCAGCAAAUUCAACUCCGCGCUCACCGCCGGCCUCCUCAACCCAAUGUCUCCGCCUCCGCCUCCGCCGCCGCAGGAUAAAACCCGUUCGAGUCCGACGCUUUUCGAGAUGAUGGCGAAUGAGCCGGACAGCCUGCCUAGGGCGCCGCCUACCGCCUUCGAGAACGGCGCCGCUGCGGUUAAAAAUCAGCAGGGCGCGAGGCUCGUUGCGAAUGUGGAUAAGCAGGCGCUGAUGCAGCAGCGGCUGCUGGAUCUACUGGCGUCGAGGAGCCCUGGGAAUCAGUUCAAUGACGCGGCCUCGAGCGAUGUGAUGCUCACUUUGAGCUCCAAGGACGGUGUGAGUGUCUCGAUUAGGGUUCACAGGCAGAUCCUUGUGGUUCACAGUCGUUUUUUCGCGUUAAAGUUGAAUGAGAGCUGGGUUAAGCAGCAGGGGAGCUGGGUUCCGUACAAUGUGGAGAUUGCCGAUUGUGAUGAUAUUGAGGUUUACAUUGAGACUCUGAGGCUUAUGUAUUCUAAAGACUUGAGGAGGAAGUUGAUGAAGGAGGAUGUGCAGCGGGUGCUCGGUAUACUUAGGGUGUCAGUGGCAAUUGGGUUUGAUGCUGGUGUACUAUCAUGCUUGGAAUACUUAGAAGCUGCUCCAUGGGCUGAAGACGAAGAGGAGAAGGUGGCCUCCCUGUUAUCAGAGCUUCGACUUGAAGGGGUUGGAGCUGGGGAAGUUUUGAAAAGAGUUUCUUUAGAUGCUGCAGCAGGGCUCGACGACGGAAAGAAUAGCGAAGAAGUGCUUCUCAAACUGUUGCAGGUAGUUCUCGAAGGGAAAGAUGAGAAAGCUAGGAGAGAGAUGAAAGAUUUGGUGACCAAAUUGCUGCGCGAAAAUUCAUCACAGAAAGAUUUGAGGAAGGAGUCUAUGUACUUUGCUUUUGACGAGUGCUUGAAAUUACUUUCUCGUCACUUCUUACAGGCAGCACAUGGGGACAUGCAAGAUAUAGGUCAGAUAGCGAGGCAGGCGGAUAAUUUGCAUUGGCUGCUCGACAUUAUGAUUGAUAGACAGAUUACUGAAAACUUCCUUAUAACAUGGGCCUCACAGUCUGAAUUAUCCGAGGCACAUCCCAAAGUGCCUCCGAUACACAGAUAUGAAGUCAGCAGAGUUACGGCCAGGCUGUUUGUGGGAAUCGGAAAGAGAGAGCUGUUGGCCAGCAAAGAGUCCAGGUGCAUGCUUUUAAAGACUUGGUUGGUACCCUUUUAUGAGGAUUUUAGAUGGAUGGGGAGGGCAUCUAGGGGUCUUGAUCGGCAUUCAAUUGAGGAUGGUCUUAGCAACACCAUAUCAACCUUGCCAAUGGCCUUACAGCAGGAAAUUUUUGUUUCGUGGUUCAACAGAUUUCUGAAUGGAGCUGAUGAUUGUCCAAAUAUCCAGAGGGGAUUCGAAGUUUGGUGGAGGAGGGCGUUUGUGAGACGAAAGGGCGAGGAUGAGAGACCUCACCAAAUGCGAAUUAUAUCCGACACAAUGGAGAACUCGUGAAUUCGGGCAUAUCUCAACUUUUAUUCACUAUCAAUCUUCAUUUUCAAACUAGUUGAGAAAUCAAAUGCAUAUCUGGCUGGGUUCUCAAAGAUGCGGAUUGGUGUUAACACAUUCGCCUAUUGAACUGUUGCCACCCUUUGAUCUUUGGUUGAGGUCUCGAGUGAAGAAAGAGAUUGCAGACUAAGGCAAUGAAGUGGAGUUGGAUAUAUCCAAAUAUCAGUUGCUGGUUGGAAUGAUUUUUCCUUUUUUUUUUUUUUUCUUUUUGGCUUUGUAUUUUAUUUUCUUGAUUUGUUAAUAAAGUGACAUGGUUAGGACGAAGCAGGGAUGAAGUGUGGAUUGAUUUAAACAUAUGUUGUUUCCAUAUCAUGUAAGUGUGUGAUCCAUUGUGAAAUACUA